AUGCCUCUUAAAGACCAAUUAAGCAUCCUUUUGGAUCGGAUGGAUAUGACCAAUAAUAUACCUCAUGGAGGCAAACGUUCUAAAUUGGCUAAAAGAAUAAAAAAAGAAAUCAUUAAGGUACGUCGGAAAUUAGCACUGCAGAGAAAUUACUAUGCCAGUGAAAAUGAAGAACCAAUGCCAAGUGUGGAGACAUCUUCUGAAGGUGUUUCAGCUGGUUCAGACAGUGGUCCUCUAUCACCUGUAAAGCCUGUAUCUCAGCCAGUCCUUCGGUCAUCUGACAACUCAGCAUCCAUUACAUCAUCAUCUGUUCCACCCUCUUCAAAACCCACCUCACCACCUGUGGCCAAGUCAGCAGUGACAGCUUCACCAACUACGAUAUUGGCAGCAACAACAUCAGCAUCAGAAAAAAGCACAUCACCUCAGUUGAAAGCAACUAAAUCAACAGCUGGUCGUCGGGGCCGUGGCCGUGGUCGGUUACGGGCAAAUAGCAGUCGUAGUGAAUCAGAACCUGACGUAGGCUCUUCACGACGGGAGCUAGGUGGUGACACUAAGAAUAAUAAUGAUGCACCCCAAGCUGCUGUUGCAUCUCCACAGACUCCGGAAAAAAACACACCAACUCCUGCCCCACAACCUCCCCCAACACCGCCACCUUCUCUUCCCUCAGGUGUUAAUCGAAGGACAGCUGUUCUUUUUACCAAGAAGCUAAACAAAACAAUGACUCCAACUACAGCAAAUGUUUCGCAACGCAAAGGGCGUCCUCCCCGUCUUAAAAAUCAGGUUGACCUGCAAGAUGCUAGCAGUGGUCAGGCAUUUCCAGAGACCAGCAAAAACGGUGGAAGUAGUGCUAGUAGCACUGGAAGUGGAGGCAGCAGUGGAGGUCGAAGUGGCAGUGGGGGAGGCAGUGCAGGUAGAAGUGGGAGUGUCGGAGUAAGUGGUGGAGCAGGAGCCAUUGGUAGUGCAGUCGCUAGUCCAGUAAGCACGACUGGUGGCCGCAAGCGUGCGGCCAGUGCUACAAGUGUAGCCAGUGUAAGUGACCGUGACUUGCAGCCUCCACCACCAAAACGAGGCGCUGUUCCUCCCCCUCCUGAAGUGGCCAUUUCCAACAUCAGCAAUUCUGCUGAGGCAGCAGCUAAUAUUCAACCGACCAACAGUUUCACUCAGUAUAGAAUUGAUCCUACCAAUAGUUUUUCUGAAUCAGACAGUACUUCUGACAUCAGCAGUGGGGAUGAGUCCUUAUCUGACACUUCUAGUGGACACUCAAGUAGCCACAGUAGAGCAGCACGUGCCCGCCGAAGUACAAGUUGUGAUUCUGAUGAUAUCAUUCCGUUGGAGCCCCUGGAUCUGGUCUGGGCCAAAUGUCGAGGCUAUCCUUGGUAUCCAGCACUGAUUAUAAAUCCUAAAAUGCCUAAAACUGGAUACUUUCACAAUGGUGUGCCGAUUCCUGUCCCACCUGAUGAAGUCUUGGCAUUACAAAAGAAAUACGAUGAACCAGUCUAUUUAGUGCUCUUUUUUGACACUAAACGAACAUGGCAAUGGUUACCAAGAAACAAACUGGAACCACUGGGAGUUGAUUCUGGAUUGGACAAGGCAAAGCUGACAGAAAACAGGAAGCCAAACGUGCGCAAAGCAGUGAGGAAAGCUUAUGAAAAGGCAAUUCUUCAUCGCUGCAGUGUGACUGGGGACCCUAAUCCUUUGUCUGGGGAUUCCAGUGCUGAGGACUGA